CAUUCGCAUCUUUCGCAUUUACAUCAUUCGUCAUUGGAUAUACCGAAAAUUGUUUUUUUUUAAAUAACUUUAUAUUUUCUAAUGCAAAAUUAUUUUAAAAGCGGCUUUCAUUGAGCUACAUGUGGUAGAUGUUUGUUAAUGUAUAAUAAAUGCUUGUGGUAUACUCAAAAAAUACUGAAACGACAAAUAUUUAAAUACACACAGAAGAUGGAUAGCUUACGACAUUUUCAAACUUUUGCGUGGUGUAAACCAGACUGGUGCUACCCGAGUAUGGGCAAAGAGACAAAUGAAUUGUUAAGGCAGUGCACAGAUCUGCCCGCAGUCAAACUAUCAGAUGAUGUGGAGGAAAUUAUAAAGAAGAGCAAAGCAUUCCCAAUACCAUUUCCUAUUGAAACUGUCAGGUUAGAGAAAUUACUAGUACGGAGGUCAAUUGAAAAGUUGAAGAGAAAUAUAGUAUCUACUUACCCUCUUAUACACGAGAGAGUCCUGCUUCUUAUGACGCAUUUCCUUAUAUAUAAAAGAGAAUUUGGUACAAGUAUAGAGAAGUUGUUAUACAAAGAGAUGUCUGUCGCUGAUCUGAUUGACAGGAUAUUGAAGAAACGAGCGAUUACGUUUAUGGGCAGACAUGAUACAUACAAACUUAUUACUGGGGAAGAAGGUCAUGGUGGUUGGGAAACUGUAGGCACUUUGCAACAGAAACCUCCGUUAGUGUUAGAGAACUGUCUCAGUUACGAUGAGAUGAAACUCGCGUCUCUGGUGUACGUGAGCGGCUACACGGAGUGCAUCAACGAUGGGGAAAGAAAGAACUCCGGAGUUGUCAGAGAAGAGAACGCUGAAGAAGAUGCUAUUAUUAUAGGUGUCGUAGGGCCUCGUUUCCAACGUGCAAAUCGUAUGGAAUACGAAGACAUAAUAAUAACAGAACAACAGAAUACCCUUGAGAACGGCUACGGGGAAGAAGUAACUCCGACAACGUGUCUCAAUGUAUUGAAAACUACGUACGUUAGAAAUAACCAGUCAGCUAAACAUAUGUGGAGACAAAUGUGGUCGGAAUUCUAUCAAGUACACAGUUAUACUUACCAAGAAUUAACAUCAUACGUGAAUAUUCAAGAUAAAUCAGAAGAAAAGAGAUAUAUAGAUAGAUAUGUGAAAAUAAAGAAUGAUUUGAUCUUCGAUAAUGAGGUGUAUUACAAGAGAUUGUGUGUGUUAGCGGAGGUCGCUCUGUUGGAGGCUGAACAUAGAGCUAAGGAAGCGGGCAGACAUGCCUUUCUUAAUAUUAUUGGAUGUGGUUUAGGUGUAUGGAUGAUAUCGGAACAUCAAACUGACGUCUACAUUCUGACAUUCUUGGAGAGAAUACGGUCUUUUCUGAAGAAGGACAUGCUGGAUCAUGUGUCAGAUGUCAACUUUGCUUUCAUACAUCCAAGUCAGAGUAUACUAGCUUUGUUCACAAACUCAUCGGAAGCUGAAACACCGACUGAAAAGAGAAUAUUCUUUGAAAGUAAACGGCAUCCAAAAGGUGGCAUCAGCGUGCAGGUGGAGGACCGGCAGCCGUCGUGCCGGCUGGCGGGCGAGCACGCGGGCAAGCUGCUAGUCAUCACCUACCCCUGGGACGGGAACGCACAUCCCGGGAAUGAAUUCUGGCUAGGCAGUCUUAAAACAUCAGGCGACCCGGCCGCGGCGUGUUCCACACAAGUGUCAGAGUUACACAACGCUCAUAUAAACCCCGCACUUUCCGCACGCAAUACUAGAGUCGCUGGCAGAUACGGAUUAAAUACAUUACAUCGAUAUGCAGCCGCAUUAACUACGUAAAAUUACUAAAAAACAUAAAAUCAUAUUACAAAUUUAAUUUUGCAGACUUCGUCCGCGC